CGGAGCUAACAGCAGAGCUAACAGUAACGUCGUGCUGAUGGCGGCUCAUUUCUCUUUAAAGUGGGCGGAGCUGAGGCGUCCACGAGGACAUGACAUCUGUCCUGUCCAGAGAAAGUUACUGAGGAUGGACAGGAAGUCAGCGUCGGGAAGUCCCUCAGUGAAGAUGUCACAGGUGGGCGAAGUGACAGGGGAGGAGUCUGUUUCCCAGGAGACGAGCGAGUCCAGUGAUGAUGAACUGGGACGACUGGACAUCGAUCUGGACAGGAAGUCCAGACAACUCAACCUGACCAGAGGCAACGUUCGUGCCAUCCUGCACGAGGUCAUCACUCAUGAACACGUCGUCCAGAUGAUGAAAACUACGAUCAGAGAAACUCAAGAUCUACCUCUGUUUGAACCUAAGAUGACUCGGUCCAGACUGAAACAGGUGGUCCAGGAGAAACAGCCACUGAACUGGACCUUGACGACACUGAACACAGAGAGAGACAAGCCUCCUCAGUUUGUGGACAUUGACCUUGAGGAUGAUGAGGAUUCGUCUGAUGAAGAGUAUUGUCCUGAUGAUGAUGAUGAUGAUGAAGAGGAGGAGGGGGGGGACACUGCUGAGGAGAGAUCUCCAGGUCACCUGACCUCCAGCUGUGCUCCCAGUGAAACUUCCUUCUUAGAGAGGCUCAACGCUGUGGAGGAGGAGUUGGACUGUGGCCCCGCCUACACCUUCAAUCAGUCUCUGGACAGAGAAGCUGAUGAAGAUGAUGACGAUGAUGAUGAUGAAGACGACGGGGGUCUGGCGUUCCGUACGCGCUCCAAAUUUCGCCUGGUAAACGUUCCUCUGGGUCAGCUGGAGGCGGAGCUUCUUGCCCCUGACAUCACUGCUGACAUGUAUGAUGUGAGCACGCUCCAGCAGGAGGAGGACCGUCAUUGGUCCAAGUGGCUGCAGGGUCUCAUGGCUCCUGAUAACGAAGAUGAAGCUGAUGAUGAGGACGACCCUGAAUACAACUUCCUGGACGACAUGGACGAACCUGACAUGGAAGACUACAGGACAGACCGCGCCGUCCAGAUCACCAAGCGAGAGGUCAACAAGCUGCUGGACGAGCUCUUUGACACGCUCCAGGGGGAGGAGGAGGAGCAGCAGCAAGAGGAGGAGCAAGAGGAGAAGGAGACCUCAUCACAGGCUGGGCCUCAAUUUAACGUCCCCCAGGUUUUACACUUUCAGGCACCGUUAGCAGGGAUGCUAAGUGAGCGACGGCGAACUUUUAAAAAACAGUAUGAGGCUCUGCAGCACAGGAAGGCCCUUCAGGACACCACCAACCAUCACCAUGACAACAAGCCCCACCCACAAGUCAACACCACAAUGCCCAUCCUACUACUGCCGAGCCUAGCUUGUCCCGCCCUCCACCUGGACCACGCCCAGAAACUGCAGCUCCAGCAGCAGCUGCAGCAGCAUGUGCAGCUGCUGACUCAAGUUCACCUGCUGAGUCAUCACAUCAUCACCCUGAGCAACGAGGCCCACGUCACCAAACAUUACCUGGAGGAGCUGCAGCACUUUGCUGUCCGCCAGGAGGAAGUGUAUGUGAACAGCAGUUUCAGAGCGUGUAACCUCCAGGGGGCGCUGGCUCUCCUGCAGGAGGUGGAGCAGAGGGUGGAGCAGAGGGCAGGGCCUCCCACUGACCCCAAGCGCUGGCUCCCAUCGAUGAGUCCAGUCACCAGCAGCCACGCCUUCCCUCUGCUGCCCGCCAACAUCGCUUGGCUCUUUGCCACCCGAUCAGUCUUCCUCUACCCUGAACUACUUCCUGUGUGCAGCCUGGACCCCGCCCUCCACAGCCAACACCACAGGAGUAUUUACACAGCAGGAGAGGACGGGCUGAUCGUCCUAGGUCUGAAGCACUUUGAGGGGGUGGUCCAACCAGAUCAGCUGAUCAGCUCUUACCUGCUGUGUAAGGAUCGAUGGAGUGUCAAGAAGCACAUCAAAGAGAUGAGAGGCCGCAAAGCUCCGCCCACCAACAUUAUCAAGAUGUUCCUGGUGAAUCGUGUCCCACCGUUGCCACUCGUCUUCAGCAAAAUUCAUCCUGGAGACCAGCGUCCUCCAGUGGACAGAAACAUCUCUAACAUGCCCAACUGGCUGAAGAACAGUCAACAGAUCAUCCAAAAAACUCGACAAGGCUCCGCCCCUUACCCGGCCUCCCUCCCUCCAGGUUGCACACUCAGGCUCCACCCCUAUUAUCUCAACAAGAUGGCACGCCCACCUCCCCCACGCUGCACACGCCUCUUUUCUCUGGCCCACAAUGCAUCUCUGCUACCACUCGCCAAAGCCCCGGCAGACAGACAGGUGGACAAACAGGUGGAGAGACAGGUGGACACUGACUCAGUAGGUCAUCCAGUGACACCGCCCCCAGUCAGUGGCUCCGCCCCAUUGUCUGUUGUUCAUCCAGUCUCCUCCUACCACAUUUGUGCUGACAUUACACAGACUGCCCCCUCCCUACUCCCCCUCCCUGACACUUCAGCUCCCAUCAUGCCUUGCUCUGCUGCCACCAUAAAGCCAAGCUACUUCCUGCUUAAGGUUUUGAUGCCCCUAGCUCCGCCCACAGCCUACUCAAGACCUGCUCAAGAGGAGCUCCUCCCCCCCAGUGAGGAGGGGGAGGAGCAUGGGGAGGGUAAGACACUUGUGGGUGUGGUCAGUUUGAAUGGAGGAGACAACAUUGGUGAGGAAGAGCAAGAAAGUCCAGGAGGAGGUGGGGAGGAGGAAACGGGAGGCGGGGACAAUGGCUGGCAGAGAGGGGAGGGGGAGGGGGGCCGUGAGGAGGAGGGAGAAGGGGAGGAUGCUGGAGGAGAGAGGGGGGAGGAGGAAGAGGAGGAGGGAGAGAAGGACAAGGAUGAAGACCAGGAUGAAGAAGAUGAGGAGGAGGAAGAGGAAGAAGACUUUGAUGACCUCACUCAAGAUGAAGAAGAGGAGGAAGUGAUGUCAUCAGCAUCAGAGGAGUCAGUGCUGUCUGUUCCAGAGUUACAGGAGACCAUGAAGCAGCUGACGUGGCUGGCAGCUGAGCGGCGUCUCUGUACAGACGGAGACUCGGAGGAGGAACAUUCACCGAUGUCUCCUGGCUCUCAGGAAGAGGAGGAUGAUGAGGAGGAAGAAGAGGAGGGGCCUAAAGAGGAGGAGUCUGGGAGGAGCAGUAAGGUCGGAGGAGAAGAGGAGACGCCGACGGGAGAGGAGACACCCAGACGAGGGAGGUGUCCUGGACGAGGACGAGGUCGCAAUCGACCUCUGCGUGGCCUGAGGCGGAGUUAUCAGGAGCGUCGCAGUAAAGAUGCCGGCAAACUGCUGCUGCUGUUUGAUGACAGUAUCCUGGACAACGACCCGCAGAGAGAGAGCAAAGACGUGGCGUUCGCCCAGAGCUACCUGAGCAGGGUGCGUGAGGCGUUGCAGGACGUACCUGGGCAGGUGGAGGAGUUUGUGUCUCUGCUGAAGGACUUUGAGCAGGUUGGGGACGGACAGGAAGUGGUGCUGCUAUUCAGGAAGCUGCGAUGCAUUCUGGGAGAGCGGACAGACCUUCUCCAGGACUUUUCUGCGUUCCUGCAUCCUGAGCAGGCGCUGCAGUGUGGACUGUUUGAGGAGCAGCAGGCAUUUGAACGCAGUCGACGUUUCCUGCGACAGUUGGAGAUAAGCUUUGGAGAUAAUCCUUCACAUUAUCAGAAGAUCAUCAAAGCUCUUCAGACCAGUCCAGAACUGAGUCCCAGCAGUGUCCAUGAGUUAAAAUCUCAGAUGGCCACUCUGCUGAAAGGCCACACCCACCUUCAAACGGAAUUCUGGGUAUUUUUUGACGACCUCCGCCCCCCUCCGGCCCGUCCCGGUCAAUUUGAAGAAGCUCAUUGGCCAGAGGAGGCAGGGGGCGGGUCAGACGGUGGAGAUAAUGUCAGCCAGGUGUCAGGGGGCGGAGCCAAUGGUUAUGAGGAAGUAACGCUCCCAGAGCUUGAAGAGGAAGAGGAGGGGCCAAAAAUUCAACCAGUAACGAGCCGGCGCCAGAGGAGGAAAAUAGACGCCCACAGGAACGACAAGGACUGUGAUUGGUCAGACAAAGACUGGCCCUGCCCCUGUCGUCUAUCUAAGAGGCACAGGAAGAAAGGAUGCUCCCGUUGUCAAGGAAACAAGACACAAGGAGGUGUGUCCAGAGCCUCUCAGAUAAGCUCUGCCCACAGUGAACCAGGGAAGGAGCAGAAAUACACAGAUGGCAGUGGUGCAUCAUGGGAAGUCUCAUUCCAGCUGCCUGAUGAGAAAGAGGAGGAGGAGCUGGAUGAUGAUGAGGAGGAUGAAGAGGAGGAGAGGAGAAACAGUCCUGCAGUGAAGAGGAGCAGGAAAGAGGAGGUGCCCUCGCUUAGCCCUGCCCCCUCUCCAAUCAGCCCCGCCUCCUCCUCAGAUCCUCCUCCUCCUGACAUCUCAGUCUGUGCAAAGAACAUUUCUCUGACCGCGAGUGGAGAGAGAGUCAUUCUAUGGACCAGAGAAGCAGAUCGUGUCAUUCUGACCACGUGUCAACAGGAAGGAGCCAAUCAGAACACAUUCCAGUCAAUCUCUAAUCUGCUCGGCAACAAGACUCCCAGUGAGGUUUCUCGAAGGUUUCGUGAUUUGAUGCGUUUAUUUCGUACAGCAGCUCGUCAGGAUGAGGCUCCUCCCAUUGAGCCAGCAGUAGCCAAUGAGGAAGAGGAGGAGGAGGAGGAGGAGGACUGAUAUGAACCAAUUUGGUCACUGAUGUGUAAAAACUGUAAAUAGUGAUUUUAUAAUAAAACCUUGAACCAGA